AUGAGACCCAUACUACUGUCUGGACACGAGCGCGCGCUCACACAAGUGAAGUUCAGCAAAGAAGGCGACCUCCUCUUCUCCGUCAGUAAAGACCACAUCAUCUGCGCCUGGUACAGCGCCAACGGCGAGCGAUUCGGUGCAUACAAAGGCCACCAGGGUGCGUUAUGGACUGUCGAUGUGGACCCAACAACCACCUUCCUUGCCUCAGGCGGAGCUGAUAACACCAUCCGACUGUGGGAGGUACGAACGGGUAGACUGCUGAAGACAUGGGAGUUCACUACGAGCAUCAAGCGAGUGGAGUUUAGCGAGGAUGGGAGGCAGCUGUUGGGCGUGACGGAAAAGCGGAUGAACCAGUUGAGCACAGUCAUUGUGUACGACAUCAAGCAGGAUGUGGAGGCGGAGCAGGGCGAUGAGCCGAGCCUAAGGAUUGUGGUGGACGAGCUGCCAAAGGUCACGGUCGCGGGAUUCAGCUACUUGAACAAGUACAUCAUCACCGGGCACGAGGAUGGGAGUGUGAGUCAGUACGACGCCAAGAGCGGCGAGAUGCUGCACAACGCCUUUUCUCACGACGACGGCAUGCAAGUCACGGACCUGCAGUGGUCGGCGGACCGAACAUACUUCAUCACCUCGUCGAAGGAUAAGACUGCCAAGCUACACGCAGCCGACUCCCUGGAGGUCAUGAAGACAUACCCUACCGACACUCCAUUGAACUCAGCUGCCAUCACGCCAGACCCAGUUCAAUACGUGAUUCUGGGCGGUGGACAAGCAGCUAUGGACGUAACGACAACAAGCGCACGGCAAGGCAAGUUCGAGGCAAGAUUCUACCACAAGAUUUUCGAGGAGGAGAUUGGUCGUGUGAGAGGUCACUUCGGGCCACUCAACUAUGUGGCUGUCGACCCCACGGGCAAGUGCUACGCAAGUGGUGGUGAGGACGGAUAUGUACGGGUGCAUCACUUUGACGAAAGCUAUUACGAGUUCAGGUAUGAGGUGGAGAGGGAAAGGGAGCAAGGAAUACGGUUUUGA